UCUGGUUCCAAAGGCUGCCUUUGUAGCUAACAACACUUUUGUUCGGACUGACAGGAGGAGGAGACGGCUCAGGAACUUUUCUGUUCUUCGACUCGGUUGUAGGAUUUAAUUUUACAACAACUUUCCUUCUCUAGUCAUGGAUUUUCUCCUGGAUUCUGGUUAAUCAUGACAUAUUUUUUUAUCCCAGUUUCCUCAAAGUUAAUAAUUAUUUUCUACAUUCACUUUGUUUUGAAUAGCAAAGAAAAUCUUUUACCAUGUCUGUGGCUGCUCUAUUCAAGUGGGGGCACAAGUCACAGCCACCCCCAGAGAAGCAUUCAGCAGCUUUGGUUAAACCCAGCAACGGAGAGGACGACGAUGAAGAUUUGACCAGAGAGCCUAUCCGCAGGAACUCCCGCUUCUAUCGGUCAAUGAGGAAGAAGAGGCUGGGUUCAUCUGAGCAGCUUCAAAAUUCUACCAGUCCUGGUUUGGACCAAAGUCCUUCGAACAGAGCUGGAGUCCCCUUAUCCAACAAAUCACCUUUGUUGCCCAUGGAUAGACGAGCUGUGUUGCCAAGCAAUGGUGGGGCCAGGGAUGAUGUGUAUAAGAGAGGAGGAGGAGGAGGAGGGAGAAGUGUGGACAUAUCUGCUGCCUCCGAUAGCCAGCAUAAGAAUUGUACAGCUGACAUGAUCACUUACCGGACUCACGGCAUUCACAGCACGGACAUAAAAAACCUGUCAGCGCAAACAACUGCAGCUUGCACUUUACAGGAAGUCGGAAGGGAAACUAUGAGUGCUCAACAGCUCAGUUCUCACGGAGCAGAUCAGGACAACGCCAACCUCAGGUUGCCGAGCAAUGGUGCUAGCUCCCAGACAAUCUGCCACAGCCUCAACAUCGUCAAAAAUAUUGCCUUCCUCUACCAGGAAUACCGGGACACUUCCAAGCAGCAGGAGAUCGAGCAGCGGCGGCAGCGUGAGAACCUUUCUCCUGAGGUCCCGCCGGGGACUUUGAUGGAAGGGUCCGCUGUCCCGUCCCCUCCUGUGUUACAACUGCAACUUAGGAACAAUGCUCAGUCACUGAGCUUAUGGCAGAACCUGGAAGUAGUGCAGGCCAGCGGCCUGCUCGCGCGGUUACCACAGAGUGAAAUCAUAAUGCAGGAGGCCAUGUUUGAGCUUGUUACCUCAGAAGCAUCGUACUACAAGAGUUUGGAAAUUUUAGAGACUCACUUCCUACGUAACCCACAUUUAAUCAACACUCUCAGCCAAUCUGAUGUGCACUUUUUAUUCUCCAACAUCGAGGAAGUGAUGAAGGCUAGUGAAAGGUUCCUGAUGGAUCUUGAGCACCGAAUUGAGAAGUCUAUCUUGAUAUCGGAAGUGUGUGACAUUGUUUACCAUCACGCUGUGGAACACUUUAAUGUCUUCAUCAAAUACGUCAUUAACCAGGUGUACCAGGAGAAGAACUAUAGGCGGAUUUUAGAGGGGAAUCAGGCUUUUCGGGAAGCCAUGGCUUUACUUGAGAACCAUCCACGCGUCAGGGGCCUGUCCUUUACCUCAUUCCUCAUUCUUCCUUUCCAGAGGAUCACAAGGCUCAAGUUGCUUGUACAAAAUAUCCUGAAAAAAGCAGAUGAAAACUCAGAAAUUGAACAAAAUGCUAUAAAAGCACAUCAGCAACUGGAGCAGAUUGUGAAAGAAUGUAACGAGGGGGUGAGAAAAAUGAGUCGCACCGAAGAGCUUAUCAGCAUUGAGAAAACGCUGGAGUUUAAAUCAAAGUCUGUGCCCAUCAUUUCACACUCGCGCUGGUUGCUAAAGAAGGGUGAAGUGCAGCACAUGACUGGUCCUAAGAGCACUAGGACCAUGCGGAGUCGUAAACUCUACCAACCAGUCUACCUCUUCCUUUUUAACAAUCUGCUGCUCGUAACCAAGCGCAGCUCAAGUGGGGAUAAGUUCCAGGUAAUUGACUCAUGCACACGAGCCAUGUUGAGGACCGAAGACCUUGAAGACCAGGGCCAACUUCUAGCCAAUGUAUUUAAUCUGAAACUGCUGGAGAACCAAGAGGAGCGUGCGGUCAACUACAUGCUUAAGACCUCGAGUAUGAGUGAUAAGCUACGAUGGACGUGUGCCCUCACUCCUAACAGGCGCACACGUUUUAUGUCUACUAGUGCCCACCAACAAGACUCUCCACAGGUGCAAUGUAUCCACUCAUACUCAUCUCAGGAGCCGGAUGAACUUUCCAUUGAAACAGCUGAUGUUUUAAACCUCCUAGAAAGAACAGAUGACGGCUGGAUGAUGGGGGAAAGGCUCCAUGAUGGCGAAAGGGGCUGGUUCCCUUGUCGAUUAGUAGAGGACAUCCUGAGCAAGGAGGUCCGAGCUCAGAACCUGAGAGAGGCCUUCAGAAUCCAGCAGGCCCAGAAAGGUGGGGGAGUUCUGCAAACUGAAGCCAGGAUUGGGUUAAGGGCCGUGAGACGCACUCCAAAGUACUCCACCUUCUCCAAUCCUUGAAUGGAUCAAAUUUGGAGAUUAAUGAAGAAAGACAGAAAAGCAGUAACAGUGAUAAAUGUGAACAUUUAAGGCCAUAUGAACCAAAAGAAUCAGGAUACAUGUGUCUUAAAUCCCAUGCGAAAAUUUUCACUUAAGAGUCGAUGUUUUAGAACCGAUGUUGCAGGUCUCAUACAAAGGCACGCUGAAGGUGUUUUGUAGGCCCAUGCACAGUGAUGUUUAUUACAUGGGGCAAGCUCUCAGGUUUUGGUUUGGGGAUGGCAAAUACACUAAAAGUCUUGUAAAGAAAGUGUAAACAAUAUUCAUCCGCAUGGGCAUGUUUUAAAAGUUGUGUGUGUUCAUUUCAUUAAAAAAUACCAUAAAUUAUACCCCACAGCCACAACACAAACAUUUAAGUGUACUGCGACGCAACCACAAGAGUUCACUGUAAAACACAUCUAAAUCUAAUAGAUUAAACAAAGCAAAUAUAUGGAAUGCAUUUAGCUUACAGGACCACUUUUCGUGAAUUUAAAAUCAAGUCUGCACCUAUAACUAAUCAAAUAAUUGAGAAAACUGGAAUGAUACUCCACCAAAAAUCUUUUGAAUUUGAAACACUGCUCACAUCCAGAAUUGAUUGCUGGCUUUAAAAUGUUUCAUAUGUAGAACGACGAACAGUAUAAGAGCUUGGCAAGGUGACUGAUCAGAACAUACAUACCCUUAUCAAAACAGACUCAGUCUGUUAUGGUCUACACACCUAAUUAUAUUUAAAUGACAUCUGACAAGUCUUGUAAAUUAAAUUCCUUGUCCCUGUUUUUUUACAGUAGUUAGAGUUUGUUUUAGGGCCAGAUUUAUUGUUUUAGAAGGACAUAGCUGCAGCGUAGCCAUUGUAUUGCAAUUUACUCAUGACCCCUGGUUGGUUACAUUAGAUCUGAUAUAAAUAACCUUGUCAAAUUGCAUUAUAUUUACCACAAUAUUUAAAUCAUGCUCUUCUGUUUUAUUCCAUAAGACUAGUUUGAUUGUGAAGAAAAGUGGGGAAAUAUGUGCAAAAGACUGUUUUCAUCUACUUGAAUGUUAUGUCUCUUUAAUUUAUGUAGUUCAUUACAAGAGAUGAAAGAAAAUCACAUCUCCCUUAGAGCUAAUCUAACCUUAAAUGUAUUCAUGUUUUAAUUUCAUACACUUAAAAACCAGGCAAUGUUUUUUCAGUUUUGAUAUUGAAGGCAUAUUGUAUGUUUAUAUACAUUUUUCUUGAAUGUCUCUCCUCUGCCAGGGUGCAGAGUGGUAAAUUUGGCAACCAAAUAGUGUCUAUGCAAACAUAUAGAGUAAUGUAUAUGUGAACCAAGCCUUUUUUGGCCAUUUUGAACCGCUUUCCUUCAGCUGUUAGAGCUGAUAACACCUAACUCUUGACCAGUGGAGAAGCACCCACUGUCCCUAAGGUAACCACUGUUUGCUUUCUCCGUACGUUACCGCCCUAUGCACAAGCUUCCUGCUCAGCUGGCGCCAUGUUAGGAGCUUCUGCAACACAUCUAGAUCUUCUUCUUAGAUAUCACACGAUAAAACAAACACAUUAAUGGACUAGAAUAUAUCACAUUAAUCAGUGGCAAUAGAAAUGCACAAAGAAUAAUUUGAUUGAAUAACUCAUAACUUGCUAUACAGAAUAUACUGAAUGUAAAUAUAGCAAACAGACAUCAGAAAGUGUGAUUGCAGUAAGAUAUACUUUAAUAUAUAAUAUUUUACAGGUGGCACCUUCCUGUGCAUUACCCACUGCUAUUAUAACAUAUAAUAGUAAAGUGUCAUUUUACACCAGUCAGAAGCAAUCUUUGUUCUCUGUCAAAGAAAUAACUACAAACUAAUAGUCACCUUCAGAGCCUAAAGUGUUUUCUAGUGAAAAGAUUUUGUGUGGAUUAUCUCUUUUAAAUAUUCUAUACAACAGUAGUAUACAUACACAAACACACAUAUACACAAGGGAUGAAUACUAUAAAAGCAGUUUACUGCAAAAUGACUUGUUGCAAUUUUAUGGGGUGUAUCAACACAAUGAAUCAGCAUGAUUGUAAAGCAUGUUUAUCUUUAAAUAUGCUAUAUGUACUGUGAUACAAAUAUGUGAUGUUCCAGCUAAUAAUAACUAAAUAAUUGUUAUUUCAUUUUGUAAGAUAAAUUAUUGUUCAUAAAACAAGUUAUCAGUUAUCAAGUUUCAAAUUUCAUUUAGUCAUGGAAUGUAUAAAUACUCAUGCACAGCUAUUCUUUACACGUUGCACUCUUCUGGGGCUGGUAUAGACAGCCAUUCAAUCUUUUACCAAUUCCAGCUUCAGUUUGAGAUUUAUGCUAAUCACCUCCCAUUGUAACAUUUAAAUUGUAGGGUAAGUAUUGCUACAAUUAAGCCAGGUACAAGCUUAACUAACUAACAACUAACUAACUCAACUAUUCAAACCAAGUUAAACUCAAGUAGAUUCGGUUUGCCCUGAUUAAAAUAUAUAAAGACAUCUAAAACUUGACUGGUACUGCGGCAGUGUUUUGAACGAGAUCAAGGUAUCUUAGGUAUGUAAGGACCUAUAAUUUACAGUUCUUCUCUGAGUAAAAAUCCAAACAUGAAGACAACUUGCAUUAAGGUUUCCAAAAUGCACUUAGAUAGAUAGAUAAUUGUAAAUACAUUAAGAUUGUAAUUCACAUCACGGACUGUGUCAAAGUGGAAAACUGUUCUGUCAAAAUUUGAAGUUCUUUUUGGAAAACUGGGACGCCAUGUCAUUCGGACUAAAGAGGACAUGGACAACCAAAGUUGUUUUCAGUGCUCAGUUCAGAAGCCUGCAUCUCUGAUGGUAUGGGGUUGCAUUAGUGCGUGUGGCAUGGGCAGUUUACACAUCUGGAAAGGCAUUAUCAAUGGUGAAAGGUAUAUCCAAGUUCUAGAACAACAUAUGCUCCCAGUCUAUUUUAGAGAACACAUUGCAUUUUCCAACAUGACAAUGCCAGACCACCUACUGCAUCAGUUACAAUAUCAUGGCUUCGUAGAAUAAGGAUCCGGGUACUGAAAUGGCCAGCCUGCAGUCCAGAUCUUUCACCCAUAGAAAACAGUUGGCGCAUCAUAAAGAGGAAGAUGCGACAAAGAAGACCUAAGACAGUUGAGUAACUAAAAGACAAUUAGACAAGAAUUGGACAACAUUCCUAUUCCUAAACUUGACCAACUUCUCUCCUCAGUCCUCAGACCUUUGUAGACUGUUAUAAAAAGAAGAGGGGAUGCCACAGUGGUAAACAUGGCCUUGCGCCAACUUUUCUGAGAUAUGUUGAUGCCAUGACAUUUAAAAUAAACUUGUUUCUUUUAAAAUGAUACAUUUUCUCAGUUUAAACAUUUGAUAUGUCAUCUAUGUUGUAUUCUGAAUAAAAUGUGAAACUUCCA